AUGUAUCAUGUUAAACUACAAGUUUUGGCAUUCUACAACAAGGCGUUCUUGGAUCACAAUCACAAUAUGGUGAUCAUAACUCUCCAAUCUGAGCUUUCGACCUUGCAAGUCCAUGUAGCCAAUCAGUCGCCACAUCAGCAACAGCCGCCGUCUUCUCUGUCCAUGUCCAUGUCGGACUACCCUUUUGGUGGAGGUGCCACCUAUGACAUGGCACCUCUCUUUGAGUUUGAUCCAAAUAUUGGAUCAUCUCAACAACAGGAUUCAUGGGUAGCCAAUCAGCAGCCGUUCCAUGAUGAUCACAACACUUUCGCCGGAGCUCCGGUGGGCGGAGACGGUGGGGAAGAGUUUGCUAGGGAGUUACUGCUGAGGUGUCAAGGAUCUGCCCCAAGCAUGCCACCUGGCCCUAAUUGA